AGAAAGGAAAGACAACUCUUUGAGUAACAAAAUGGUAAGAAAAAACUCUCUAUUGUCAACUUCGUUUAUCGGUAAAAAUAAGCAAACUUUUUGAAAAAAACUCGUUAUACUCACUUUGUAAAAUGACAAUUUGAAAAUUGGACGAUCCAUAACUCCUCAACGAUAUGUUCGAUUAAGCUGAAAUUUUUACUCAAUAUAUAAAGUAGCGAGGUCUAUCAACGAUAAAAAUUUCAGUCCUGAAUCAUCUUCUAUUCUCGAGAAAGUUACAUUAUAUUAGAAAAUGUAGUGACAGUUUUGUAGAAAUGUUGAAUCACAAUUUUUCUUGAAUAGAUUCAUGGUUCAUGUAAAAAUACUAUUUAAGUUACAAUUUAAGUGACUAAUGUAGGAGAAGAAAGUUCGAAUUUGUUGUUGCCUUUUCCUUAUUUCCUGCUGUUCGUGGAGAUGCAAAAAAAAGGCUUAAUUCGUUGCAAAGAGUGAAGGUGAUAUAGUUACAACAUUCAGGAAAAUCAAACGACGACCAGGAAUUUAAAAAACAUUGAGAAAUGGAAUCCAGCUAUCAGAGUGUAGUUUUGGACAUCGUAGUCUUCACGUAAAGCUGCUUUGCUGGAAAAAUUAAUAGAAAAAGCUUGGAACUGCGUAGUAUAGUUUGGGUAUUAUUUUCAAGUGUUGCACUAUUUUGCAGACGUAAAUGCGUUGUUUCACCUUCUUUUUUGUCGUUUUUAAGAUGAAAGAUAAUUAUAAGUUUCGUAAUGAAACAUAUCGCCAAAGAAUCAAACUAAAAAGGAGUUUAUCGAAAAAAUUUGACGAGGAAUGUAGAAGAAAAAAAGCAAAAUGGCGUAGAAACAAGAAAGAAGAACGACAACAAUCAAGCAUAUCAAUACCGAAUGUAUCUACUUCCAGAGCAAGUGAUUUAAGAAAAAAAGAAGGUCAACGGCGUCGAAGAUUACACCUAUCAAACUUAAAGGCAGAUAAUAUUAAAUUACGAGAAACAGUACGAAUAUUGACAAAAGAAAUUAAACAGCUUCGUUCAUCUCGAACUCCAACACCACCACCUGAUUCACCAUCAAAACCUUUUUUUUUGAUAAUGUUAGUCCAAAUGCUAAACAACGUACAGUGUCACGUCUUAAAGAUAAAAUCGAAAAUCUACCACGGGGUACAUCAGCACAAAUCAGAAGUAAAUUCGGUAUUAAUGUAUCAAAGCAAAUUUUACCAAAAACGAAUUCUCAAUCAUUGAUUCAAACUGAAAUCGAAACAUUUUUAUGUCGAGAUGAUAUCACAAAGUUAUGUCCUGGCAAACACAAACAAAUUGACGGUAAUCAAAUUCGAUAUCGUCUUAAUCAUUUGAAUAUUCUCCACCAACAGUUUGAAUUGGAAAGUAAUAUAGAUAUAGACUACGUUACGUUCACUCGAUAUAUCCCAUCUUACAUUAAGAAAUCGAAUAAUGAUAGUUGGGGGACAUGCUUAUGCAUGACAUGUCUUAAUUCUCAACUCAAAUAUGAAAAACUUCAUCAAUUGAAGCGUAAACGCGCUCUUAUCAAAGUUAUAGUUGAUUUCACACCUAUUGAUUUAUAUGAUUUAGCAAAAGACGAAAUAAAAGUUAAUGAAUUUAAAGAUAAUUUGACUAAAUUAGAUAAAGAAGAUGAAGAUAUUCUUGUUACUUUUUGUGAAUGGCAGAAGAUAAAAACAUUGAAUUGUACAGCUCCUGUUUCUACAAAAGUUUCGCUAUCUAUAUCGAUGAAAGAGUUUAUAAAGAAAUUUAUAAUAGAAGCUGAUACUCUAACAAAACAUAUUUGUCGAAUGAGAGAACAAUUUCGUGCUGCCAAAGCAGCUAAAGAACAAGCAAAAGAGAAUACACAAGUGGCAAAAAUUCAAUUAGAUUGGAGCGAGAAUUAUAACUUGAAAGAAGCAAGAGAAGAGAAAGGUAUCCAAAUAAAUGAUGUUUCUAUUUAA